GAUUGGGUGCAGGCCGUCCGCUCUCUCGCAGUCCUACGUCUAGCACGGGAUCCCCUUCCACUAAAAAAAAACGGGAUCCCCUUUUCCGAUUUGGGGCAAAUACAACGCCGAGCCGGAGGGAGUGGUGCGCGCCCGUGGUCUGUCAGGCUGUGCUCAUGGAGAUUUCAGCUGCGCCGGCGCCGGUGCUCGGAUCCGGAUCAACGUCGGCGGCCAACGAUCAGGCGGCUUGCUUGGGGGUUCCCGUUCCGGGCGGUGGCGGCGCCGCGGCGGCAGCAUCGGGAGUUGCCUCGCCGGAACCAGUCGUGCGGCUGCUCUCUCCUGAUAUGCGCCCGUCGGAAGAAGGGUUGGCACAGCCGGCGGCGGAAAGGGCUUUGUCGGAUGUCGAGUUCUCCGGGGGUUCCUGCACAACGUUCAUCUCUGGCGGUGGUGAUGCGGCGUCCGGAGGCGGCAAUGGCGCGGCUCCGCCCGCCGUCUCACAAGGCUCGAUUCAGUCCGUACCCCUCAGUGCAAGGCUCGAUUUUUUCCGGACUGAAUAAUUAGCGGAAACAGAAAAACGAGCUCAUCUUGAUGGAUAGAAAAAGUUCAGUCCAACUUACUGUCUGGUUAGGACAUUUGUAGAAGCAGAUGCCUGGGUUCCGGUCUGUUCCGGACACAAACCAUCUUGUCCUGACCUUGGGCAAAUGAUCAAUGGCAGACGAGGAGCUCUGGCACAGCGGCAAUGGAUCAGUACGGGGAGGCGCUUCUGCGUGGUGGGAAAAUGACGUUGCCAGGGAUCGGUCCGGCUGCAUGCUCCUUAAAUAGAGAAAAAGUGUUUACUUUA